CUUUCUCUCUCCUCUUUUGCUUUUCCGCCUCCCAUAGCAUCUUAUUUUUUUUAUUCCACCUAAAAAGUAGAUAAUUAAAUUGACUGUAACAUGAGAGAGAAAGAGAGGGACAGAGAGAUCCCAUCUAGCAUAUAUCAGUCCAUGUUGUUUAGGGUUGGAACCUUAUAAUUAAGAAGGGUACCCUUUCUCUCGGGUUUUCUCCUAAUUCAAACACUAAUAUAUACUUCAUCCCACCUUAGCUUUAACUGUUUCCACACUGAGUCAAACUUAGAAUUGAAGAAAGAAACAGCUUAGUUAAGCUGUUAGAAAAGAUGGAUGAUGGAGAAAUUUCAAAUGCUUUCCCUCCCCAGAACCCAUCAACUGCUUCAUCUAACAAUCCUCCAGUUUUGAAAAGAAAGAGAAACCUCCCUGGAAACCCAGAUCCUGAAGCUGAAGUCAUAGCCUUAUCACCAAAGACUCUGAUGGCUACCAACAGGUUCGUGUGUGAAAUUUGUCUGAAGGGUUUCCAAAGGGACCAAAAUCUUCAACUCCAUAGACGAGGGCAUAACCUUCCUUGGAAGCUGAAGCAAAGGACAAGCAAAGAAGUGAGGAAGAGAGUUUAUGUGUGUCCAGAGAAGACAUGUGUUCACCACCAUCCUUCAAGGGCUCUUGGAGACUUAACUGGGAUUAAAAAACACUUUUGCAGAAAGCACGGGGAGAAGAAGUGGAAGUGUGAGAAGUGCUCAAAGCGUUAUGCUGUGCAAUCAGAUUGGAAAGCACACUCAAAGACCUGUGGCACCAGAGAAUACAAAUGUGACUGUGGGACUAUCUUUUCACGGAGGGAUAGCUUCAUCACUCACAGGGCCUUCUGCGAUGCCUUGGCAGAAGAAACAGCAAGGGUGAACGCAGCUUCAAACAUGAGCAGCUACAGCAUCAUGCAAAACUCCCUUGGUCCUAACAUGGCAACCCACUUUUCAUCAAUUUUCAAGGCAAUUUCAUGUACUGAGGAACCAAGUAAUCAAACAUCCAAUAAGGGGCUAUCUCUUUGGAUGACUCAAACGUCAUCUCAGGCUCAUGAGACAAUGGCUAAUAACAAUUUGCAUGAAUUUCAUCAACUUGGGUCUGCUACAAGCUCAACAGCAAUUUAUUGUAGUGGUGGGAAUCCACUUGUUUCUUCAUGCUCAAAUCCACCACCCUCUAAUUAUCAGCUAAAUUGGGUGCAGUUUGGAAGUAAACUAUCUUCUAAUGGAAGUGAUCAAGAGCUAACAAGCACUGUUUCACUUCCUCUAGUGAAUAAUAUUGUUAAGGAUAAUCCAAACCAGCUUAUAAGUGUUCCUUCCUUGUAUAGCUCCCAACACCAAUCCCAUCAAACAACAUCAGCAAACAUGUCAGCCACAGCUUUGCUGCAAAAAGCUGCUCAAAUUGGGACAACUUCAUCGGACCCAUCAUUAUUCCUUGGGAGCUUAGGUUUGAAAUGCAAUACUCCAGGACAAGAUGGGAACAAAUUUUGUGCCAUGUACGGUUCAAGUUCAGUACUCACAAGUCAUGGUACUGAGGCAGAGAAUAAUUAUUCAGGUGAUUUGUCACAAAUGCCCCCUACAAAACGACGGCACGUACAGAAUACUGAAGAGACUGCAUGGGGACAAACUAGGGAUUUUCUUGGUGUUGGUGUUGCGAAUCAUUUGCCACCCUACAUCAAUCAACGGAUGGAUUUGUUUUGAUCAUCGUGUAUUCAAAUGUUAAGUUUUAGUUUCUUUUUUUUUUAGUUUCUUUAUUUCUCAAUAAAAUGAAAAAUAUGACAAUAAACGAGAAUGGUGGAUGAGGUUGGUUGGAAUUAGUAGCUAGUUUAAGAGAAUAGAAAUAAAUACAUAAAUAAAUAUGAAUAUCUUGAUUAAAACUUUGGAGGGAGGAAAAGGUGGGAAUUGAGUGCUUAAUGAAGGCUGAAAAGUUGUUGUUAUAAAACUAUUGAAGGGGUGAAAGAAGAGAGAUCCAUGCAUAUUCUUUUGAAUCCUGAAAGCUGACUCCUUUUAAAAAUAUGGUGGCUUUAAUUUUUGAUAAAGGGGAGGGAGGGUUUGUGGAGUAGUGGGGGCAAAGGAUAGGACCGCUUUUGGACUCCAUUAUUGAUCAGUUUCAUCUCUGCUGUGGUUGUUGCCUGUCAAACUAGACUCAAAAGAGAGAAUUUCCAAUGACCCAAAAAAGCUUCAUUCUAUAGUACAAAUAGGCUUUUAGCCUGUUCAGUAUAAAAUAAACUGAUGUACCCUUUCAUUC